AAAAAUAUUUAAAGAGAAAAGAAAAAAUGUUGAUAGUAAUUAGAAGAGAAGAGAAAAGUAAGUAGCAUUCUAACAUAUUGCUACUGCCGAUCAAAAAAGAAGAAAAGAGAAGAUGGAAUCCAAUCAAAACCCAUCAACACAUAAGUAUGCAGUGGUUACUGGAGCAAACAAGGGCAUUGGGCUGGAGACUGUGAGGCAGCUUGCUUCUCUAGGAGUCACUGUGGUGCUUACUGCUAGAAAUCACAACAGAGGAAUGGCUGCUACCUCUAUGCUGCAUCAAAUGGGUUUAACUAGUGUUGUUUUUCAUCAGCUUGAUGUUUUGGAUCCUCUUAGUAUUCACUCCCUCGCUGCUUUCGUCAGCGACACAUUCGGAAGGCUCGAUAUCCUGGUAAACAAUGCGGGAGCCUCUGGAGUUGUGGUGGAUGAGGAUCGCCUAAGGGCGUUAAAUAUAGAAACUGAAACUUGGCUUUCAGGAAAGGCGAUCAAUAUGAUACAAGAAGUGAUUAAUACUACGUACGAGAAAGCUGAAGAAUGCUUGAACACAAAUUACUUCGGUGUAAGAAGAUUAACGGAAGCCCUGCUCCCGCUUUUACAGCUUUCCACUUCAGGAGCCAGGAUAGUUAAUGUGUCUUCUCUGAGGAGCGAGCUACGAAGAAUUCGAAGUGAAGAACUAAGAAAUGAACUUAACGACAUAGAGAAUCUGACAGAAGAGAAACUGGACGGAAUAGCGGAGAGAUUCUUUAACGAUUUGAGAGAGGAUAAAAUUGAAGAUGGUGGAUGGUCACUAAUGUUGCCAGCAUAUAGCAUCUCCAAGGCCAUCCUUAAUGCCUACACUAGAGUUCUUGCCAGGAGGCACCCAAAUAUGCUCAUAAACUGUGUUCAUCCUGGCUAUGUCAACACAGAUCUCAAUUGGCACACCGGACCCCUCACUGUCGAAGAAGGAGCUAAGGGCCCCGUCAAGUGUGCUGUUUUACCGGAUGGCGGCCCUACUGGCUGCUAUUUCGCUCAAACUGAAGUAGCUGAUUUCUGAACCUACUACUUUCGUAAACUUUUGUUCAACAUUUCAUCUGCUGAACUAGAAAAUCACAAACUGUCAUGUGAAAAUUCAUGAAACCACUUCUUUUCAAUAUUUUGACAUUGACACUUAAAUUUUUAUAUAUAAGGGAAUCAAUUCACCCCUCAGCUUGGAUAGAAAUCUUAGAAAAAUUAUUUCAGCAAUUUUUGACAAUCAAAUUUACAGCUUGUCCAAUUUGGAUUAGUUCAA